ACUGAUGAGUUUCACGUGUUAUUGCAUAGUGUUUAGCUUACUUUAAGUAUGUUUGGUGAGCUAACUGUAGUAUUAGGCUUAUUUCUUGUUAGAUUAUACACUGUUGGUGCCAUGUAUUUUGGAUGAUCGUUAAACUUGAUAAUAAUUCAAUAAGACUCGGUAAUAAUUUGUUGGAAUUAUUAAACUUAGAUUAUACAAGCCUAAGCCAAGGCCCAAUAACGUGAGUAAGGGUAGUGAAUAACAUAAUAAACUGGACUAAAUUAUUAUUUUGAUUAUGUAAUAAUGCCAGUAUUUAAUUUUAAAUAAUAAAAUUUUAAAACGUUGAAAAGUAUGAAACUAAGGAUUGUACUCUACUGGUUACUAAUACUAGUUAAAAGUUUAACGCUUGUAAUUGCCGACUUGCGUAAAAUUCGCGAUCAGACUUCACUAUCUUACUCUUACUAAGUCUUGCACGACUUGGAUCCUACAUUUACUACUAGUAUUAGUUUUACUAAAUACCGCGAUGAAUCGUCAAGAAAAAGCGAACCAUGUCAAGAAGAUGUAAAUAAAGUUUGAAGCACCCAGAGAGAUGAGUUUUCAGAAACUAUUCAACAAGCUUCCCUUUUCUAAAUCCAAAGCUGAGGAAGAACAGAAAAAGCAGUGUAAACCAGUUUUGUCAACAUCAUCUCCAUGUCCUGAGAUGGAUUAUAAAAAAUGUGAAACAAAGUCAUUUGAACUUGCAUCUACAAAAAAUGUUGAAGAAUCUGACAAAAUGUUGCCAAAAAAAAACAAAACACCACAUCUGCUACCAGGUGGAAAUGGGAGUAAGAAGAGAAAAGAAAGGAGUCCAGAUACUGAGGAGGCUGAUACAAAAAUAGAGGUGAAAAAAUCUUUUAUCCAACAUAUUUUUGGAAAACAUUCUACUGACCACUGUCAAGAUAGCAAAGCAUUAUCAAGCUGUCACACUUCAGACAAGAAAAAUUUAUGCACAGAUUCAGAGGAUCACAGCAGUUUUUUACCAGAGAAUAAGUUUCUAAAAUCUUUACAUCAUAGAGCAAAAUCAUUUAAUUUUUAUAGGAGUAAUCAAAAGGAAAAAACAUUUUCAUUAGAACAUUCAUCUACACAAAAAGGACAUGAAAAAGCAGCACAUACUAUUCCGGGAAGUCCAGAUUUAUCGGUUGACAGUUCUUCUGAUAGUUUUUCUGUCUUGGUAUGUUCACAAGAGGACAUCACCUUUGAUUCUAAUCAAAAUUUUUCAUAUUCUUUUGAGGAAAUUGAUGCAAAAGAUGAGGACUGUGAUAAAACUUUGGUGGAAAAUAUUGAUGACUCAGAAGAUGAUUUGGAUCAUAUUGCAACGCUCUCUCAAUCACCUCUUCUCAUAAGAGAUGUUUUCAGAAUUUUAAGUACCACUCAGAAAGUAGGUACUUGCAGUCCUGUGUUGAACAUAAACAACACUGGUGAAAAAGGUGGUAGUCUUCUUCAACCAAAAAGUAUUGAAGAACCUUCAGAGAACUGUAAGCAGAUUAUACAGGUACCUCCUUCAACUCCGAACAUUCACCAACAGUUAAACAGUGAAUUAGAUCUUAUUCAGUAUCAUAAAGGGAAGACAAAUGUAAAAUUAGAAUUUGACAGCUCUGAAGAAGAAGGAGAAAUUAAAGAUGAUGAUGGUGAUUUUAUUUCAAGACCUUAUAAUGGAUCUUAUUUGUCAUGCAAUAUAAAAGAUAAUGCAGUUGAUAAGGAUUCUCAUGGAAAACACAACUCUAAUCAUUCUGAAAACAUUCACCAUUUCACACCACAGUGGACUGAAGGAAGUGUGUAUUCUCGUCAGCUUUUGAAAAUCACUUAUCCUGAAUCACCUUUAGGUUCAUCAACAAGUAAUGUAGAUAACCAAAGAGAAUUUUCAUCAUCACCUCCCUGGUUACACCAAAAAAGGGAUAGAAAUUCAAACAGUGACAACAUAGAAGUGGAACGAGUAAAAGAUCUUUCAUUCUCAUUUGAUGUUUCUCUUGCUGCAUCAUGUAACAGAUCUCUUGAAGUGAAUGCAUACAGUCAGGUUGACAAAUGGCCCUUCAAGUCACCUCGUGUAACACCUCCGUGCACUAAUAAAAAUCUGCAACGUCACCUCAGUUGGGGAAGUGUGAGAGACAAAAGUACAUCUUUAGCUGAUAUAAGUCCAUAUCUUGCUUCUGUAACUUCUCCAUCUACUUCUACAAUCUCUAGAAAAUUGACUUCACGGUUUAAGUUACCUCAGUACAAUAUUAAUGGACUGAUGUCCUUCGAGCCAGGAGUAGACAUCAUAGAUACUCAUUGUCAUUUGGAUUUCUUGUUUCGACGUAUUGGUUUUAAAGGAACUUACUCUCAGUACCAAUUAGUCAAUAAAGACACAUAUCCAGUUUGCUACGGUGGCUGCAUCACAGACUUUUGUGAUCCAAGUACCUUUGGUUUGCCAAUAUUAUGGAAAGAUCUUUUAGAAGAGGAUAAAAUAUGGGCCACAUUUGGAUGCCAUCCUCACAUGGCAGAACAGUAUAAUCCUGAAAUUGAAAUGCACCUGAUUGAUGCUCUACAACAUGACAAAGUAGUUGCCUUGGGAGAAGUUGGCUUAGAUUACUCUCCAAAGAACAGUUGUGCUCGAAAGAUUCAACAUCAUGUGCUGAGAAAACAGCUGAAGAUAGCAGUUGCCCACAAUGUUCCUAUUGUGAUUCACUGUAGAGAUGCUCAUGAAGACUGUUUAAAAAUUUUAAAAGAGGAAGUGCCCUGUGACCACUUCAUUCAUCGUCAUUGUUUCACUGGUAACUGGGAUGAGGCUAUCUUAUGGUUAGAAACAUUUCCAAAUCUCUACAUUGGUUUAACAGCUUUAGUGACUUUCCCUGCAGCCACAGAUGUACAUGAAGUUGCUCGUAAAGUUCCGCUGAACAGGCUUCUUCUUGAGACAGAUACACCUUAUUUUCUUCCCAGAUUAGCACCAAGAAAAAUGAAGUGGUCUCAUCCUGGGAUGGUUAUCCAUGUGGCAGCUCAGAUUACUAAACUAAGGGAAACAACUUCUCUUAAUGAGAUCCUGAAAAUUGUUCGCUGUAAUACAAGAAGAAUGUAUAAAAUAUAAUGUUCUUUUGUUGUUCUUAUAUCAGUUUGAGUUGAAGCAGUGGCAGUAGACUUGUGAAUUUCUGAAGAUGAAUAAAGCAAUACUAUAGUGAGAUUUUGAUAUGCAUAUGAUAAAAAAUGUCUGUACGGUAUGUACUCAAAUUGUUUAUUUAUUUUUUUUCUGGAUGUUCAUAUAUUAUUUUGAUGUUACAAAAGAUGAAAAAUAGAAUAGCUGACUAUUCAACAUUAUUCAGUUUUGUCUUUAUUUAAAAAAAAAUAUUUGAAAUGAAAACCACACUAUUUAAAAGAUAUUUU